ACCAUCGACAAGCUUUGUAGGUUGCUAGGCACUACACCCGGAAGCCGUACCUACCCACUAUUUCCUCCCAUUCUCUUUCCAAAUGCCAUCAUCAAUACUAGCAAUUCAACUGUAUUCGGUAACUGGAAGCCCUUGGCUCAGAUCCUGAAAGUGGUUUUAAUGGGCGAAGCAUCCCUUACGUCUGUCAAGAAGGGUGGGCCACCCAGGAACUUUCAGAAUUGGGGAGUAUCUGCCAUAACACCCGGAGCAAUUGCGUGGAGUACUACAAUUGCUAUUUUUCUUUUAUCGCCAGAUACAGUAUUCUCUCAAGACGGCCAUGGCAAAAGCUCGGGGAUUCAGUAUAAAAAUCUAUUCUACAGCUUCAAGAAGAUUCUGGUGUGUUGUUGGGAUGCUCCGUAUCUCAUGAAGAUUAGACAACACAUCGAGGGACAUGUCUUUGGAGCUGCGAAGCUGCCCGUUGAUGCACCCGAUGGGGAAGACUUUACUGCGCAGAUGGCGCUUGCAAUGGCUGGCUUGCAAUCUAACGACAUUGACCAUGAUUUGGAUUCUACCCCUGUGGGUGACCUUGCUCAGGGUACUGACAUCACCCAGUCCGCUCUGAAUUCACCACUAUCGACUCCAAGGUUAUCCACGCGGACCAUGCCUUCUGAAAUAUUACCUUCCGAUGGUUCCAGUGCUCCUCCGAUGCCACUGCCUGCUCCUGCAAUCACCAAUCAGAUUCAGAACUCACUUGUUACUGAUGGUGGGUGA